AUGAUCAAAAGAGACCAGCUCCACAGUCUUUUCAGGAAAACACGUGAUCAUUAUGAUUGGCUUAAUUUCAGAGAGGCCCGCAAUUUUACAAAAACCGCACUUGUUAAUGCACAGAAAGAAUAUGUACUGAAGGAAGUUCAGCAACACAGAAACAAUACUGGGUCACUUUGGAAGGUAAUUAAAGAAAAUAUAGCGUAUAGGGAAAGAGAGUCGGUGGUCUACAGUAAGGAACCGAAAUUAGUGGCCGAAGAGUUUAAUCAUUUCUUUUCCACCAUUGGUGUGAAUGCAGCAAAGAAAGCCUCAACACUAAUACAAGAUCCUAGUGUUUAUCCAGCUCGGAAUCUUUCUGACGUAAUUCGCACAGAUAACAGCUACCCUGAAGAAAAUGAUAGAUUUAGUUUCACCCCAGUCUCUUGUUCAGAAAUAAGGAACAUCAUAUUAGCUAUGCCGUCAAACAAAUCACCCGGCAAAGACAAAGUGAGUAUGCGUGUCAUCAAACACAGCCUACCGGUAAUUCUUGGGCCCCUCACCGAUAUCAUUAACUGUUCACUGUCGUCAUCUCUUCGUUCCCUAUAGCAUGGAAAGAGGCAGAAGUUAUCCCUUUGUUAAAGGAUGGAAACCACGAGGAAGCAUCAAAUAACCGCCCACUUUCUCUCCUUACCUUUCUUUCGAAAAUUUGUGAAAAAGUCGCCUUGAAACAAUUUGGUUCGUAUCUAAUGAAGAACAAAAAAUUGUCAACCCACCACCAGAGCGGGAACAAGAAACAUCACUCAUGCGAAACAUUGAAUCUUUUGACCGGAGAUACUAUCCUAAAGGCCAUGGAUGGGAAAUUGGUUACUGCACUGAUUCUAAUAGAUCUAUCUAAAGCUUUCGACAGUGUAAAUCAUACCUUUCUCCUUACAAAACUUAGCAACGUCGGGGCUUCUCCAAGCGUUGUAAAAUGGUUUGAGAGUUACUUGACCGGAAGAACUCAAUCAGUCAGAAUUGGAUCUACUGUGUCUACUCCUCUCCCUGUUUUUUAUGGUGUACCACAGGGUGCAAUUUUAUCACCUUUACUUUUUAGUAUUUAUACUAACAAUUUGCCCUCAUCAGUCCACCAUAGUAAACUUGAAUCGUACGUGGACGACUCCAAGAUAUUACUAUCUUUCACUGUGGCUAACGUGGACUGUUUAAAGCAACAACUUGAGGAAGACUUGUAUUUGAUUGCAAACAGUUGUUCCGAAAAUGAAUUGCUCAUUAACCCGGGAAAGACCAAAUACAUGCUGAUUGGCACACGGCAAAACCUACAACAACUUCCCGUAGAUAUGACCAUAAACUUCCUCAACGAGACUAUUACCCCCGUCUCCUUUGCCAAAGAUCUGGGAAUGACAAUCGACUCUUAUUUGACAUAUGACCAGCAUAUCACCAACCUGGUUUCCUCAUGUAUGAAUUCCCUGUGCCAAAUAAACCGAGUCAAAAAAUGUUUCGAUAAAGAAGCUUUAACUCUCAUCGUCUCGGCACUUGUAAUGAACAAAAUGUUCUAUUGUUCAACGGUUUGGUCAAACACUUCGUCUACCAACAUUAAGAAACUACAGUUGGUACAAAAUUUUGCAUGCAGGAUAAUAACAAAUAUUGGAAAGUUCGACCAUAUUUCGCCGGGCUUACGUGAACUUAACUGGCUCCUAGUAAAGGAACAAUUACUACUAAGAGAGGCUAUUAUGAUGUACAAAUGUGUCAAUGAACUUGCUCCACAUUAUUUGAGCGAUUUAUUCACAAAACGUUCUGACAUUCAUCAACGAGAUACACGUAGCCAUGACUCACUGCAAAUACCAUUGUACAAAACUUCUGCAGGUCAAAGGUCCUUUCAUGAUAGAGGCGUUACACUCUGGAAUGAUUUGGACAUAAAGUACAAAAAGUUAGACUCCCUAAAAACUUUCAAAAACGAACUGAAGCGAAGCAUGCUAGAACAAAUAUAUAAGUAG